AAAUCAGUGGCACAGAGGCAUCACCAUCUCCCUGAUUUAUAGAGAGAAUUUGGGAAUUCCAAAAAGUCGUUGGUUUCAUUUUGGACUCUCUAAAUAGAAAACAAACAUUUUUUUUCCUCUUCUCACUUUUCCACUGUCCCUUGUAUUGUAUAUAUCAAUCACGAGUCACCACCAACCUUGUUUCGACACUUUGUAUUUUACACACUAUCACAUAAGUGGAAUUCAUUAGUGGGUAUUUGUUCUUCUGGAUUAGUUCAUGUCUUUUGAAGCUCACAAUUGAGAGAGAGAGUGAGAGAGAGAGGAGUAUAAGAAAGACGAUGACUUUCAAGGAAUUCUGUACUAAGAAAACUUUGAUUGGUCUUGCUUUGGGACAGUUUCUCUCACUGCUUAUAACUGCUACUGGUUUUACAUCUUCUGAACUUUCUAAAAAAGGAAUUAAUGCACCGACCUCUCAGUCAUUUCUAAACUAUGUGCUCUUGGCCAUUGUUUAUGGAGGUGUUAUGCUUUACCGGAAACAAAAGCUUAAGGCAAAGUGGUACUACUAUGUAAUUCUUGGUUUGGUGGAUGUAGAAGCAAAUUUUCUUGUGGUGAAGGCAUAUCAAUACACAUCUAUUACAAGUGUCAUGCUGCUGGAUUGUUGGUCAAUCCCAUCUGUGAUGCUUCUUACCUGGAUUUUCUUGCACACAAAAUAUAGAUUUAAGAAGAUAGCUGGAGUAGUUGUUUGUGUUGCUGGACUUGUCAUGAUUGUUUUUUCAGAUGUUCAUUCAGCUGAUCGAUCAGCUGGGAGCAACCCUCGUAAAGGGGAUGCUCUUGUUAUUGCUGGUGCAACACUAUAUGCUGUCAGCAAUGUCAGUGAGGAGUUUCUUGUGAAGAAUGCAGAUAGGAUUGAGCUUAUGUCCCUGCUGGGGUUUUUUGGUGCAAUCGUUAGUGCUAUCCAAAUAAGCAUUCUUGAGCGCAGUGAGCUUAAAUCUAUUCAAUGGUCAGCUGGGGCUGCUCUUCCAUUUUUUGGAUUUGCACUGGCAAUGUUUCUGUUUUACUCAUUUGUCCCGGUCUUACUCAAGAUUAAUGGAUCAACAAUGCUCAACCUGUCUUUGCUAACAUCAGACAUGUGGGCUGUCCUUAUUCGCAUCUUUGCAUACCAUGAUAAGGUGGAUUGGAUGUACUACGUGGCAUUUGCUGCUGUCGUUAUUGGGCUGAUCAUUUAUUCAGGGGGUGACAAGGAAGAGGAUCAUCGUGCUGAUGUUGCUGAUGAAGAGGCCAAGCAAAUUAAACAUCUUGACGAGGAGGGUGCUGCUGGGAGCCACAGCUAUACAACUUUAGCAGGGAGCUCCAAAACAGGGGAUAGUAGCAAGCAAGACCUCGCCAGCGCUAGCAUUCAAGAAAGGGAAGAGAAAGAAAAUCACAACUCAGGAAAAGAAGCACAAGGGAAGAAAUUAUAAUGCAGCAUCUGCUUUCAGGAACUGAAAGGGCAGAUCUAUUAAUUUGCUACUGCUCCUAAAAGUGUGGAUGCCAGCAGCAGUUAGGAUUUCCAUAGGCAAACAUGGAAGAAAAAUGAAAAAGAAGAAAAAAAAAAGAAUAAAUCAUAUCAUCUGCAGCAUGAAAAGGAGAUUUUAAUUAGAGGUUUCUAUAUUUAGUCACCAUGCAUCAUUAUGUCUUUAGCCAUCAAUUUAUGCAGCUUUGAAUGUUUGGUUA